AUGUAUGACCUCCUCACUGUUCUCAUGAACUAUUUCAUCAUUGUUCUCAUGUAUGACCUCCUCACUGUUCUCAUGAACUAUUUCAUCACUGUUCUCAUGUAUGACCUCCUUACUGUUCUCAUGUAUGACCUCCUUAUUGCAUGA